AUGAAUAGUUGGGAUGAUAUCUUCAAUACUGAUUUGCGAGCUAUGGUUAAUCUAAUCCAUGAGUCGGUUCCAUAUCUGGAAAAAACUAACGGCACUAUUAUCAGUAUAUCUAGUAUUACCGGUUAUGUGCCAACAGCCCCGUGGUUGGCCUACAGUACAGUGAAAGCGGCUGUCAAUAUGUUGAGCCGAAAUCUGGCGCUUGAAUUGGGACCGAAAGGCAUUCGCGUUAAUACUAUUAAUCCCGGUGCUACUGAUGUCGAGCGCACUACCGGCCAGUUUCCAGAAAUGAUGAAAUUUGCCGCUUCUAAGACUCCAUUGAAACGAAACGGAGAGCCACUCGAUGUCGCCAAAGGUGUAGUGUUUUUGGCCUCAACUGAUGCAUCCUAUAUAACGGCCGCUAAUCUGAUCAUCGACGGCGGUGUUAUGUAUAAUUGGCCGGCAUAUAUGAAUUAA